AUGAGCCCGACGUGCCCGCGAUGGCUCCAGGACCUCGCGGACAAGAGUCUCGCGUUCAACCCGACGGAGCGCCCGACGGCGGAUGCGAUCGUGACCAAGCUCCUCCUGCGCCGCAAGACGGGCAAUGACGAUGCGCCAACAAGCAUUGUGCUUGAGACGAAGGUGGUGACGCUCGCCAGCGUCAAGGGGCUGCCGGCGAUCUCCGAAGGCAGCACCAACGGCAGCGAGGCUGCGUGA